AGUGUGCUCUAGAGUGUCCUCAGCACAUGCACCAUUGCCACAGCCUGUCCUGGUGAUUGCUCAAGGUUUUCUUUUUUUUGUGAUAGUCCUGGGUGCCACCUCUGCCCAACUUUUAUCCAGGUCACAUCGUCCAUUUGUCCAGCAGACAGAAUUUCUCCAUGAUGGGAUCAGUGCUCCCAGCAGAAGCCAUGGUGCUGAAAGGUGGAUUGAAGCAACCUGGUCUGUCCCUUGCGGAGAUGAUCACUUCUGACAUCCUGCACAGUUUCCUCUAUGGCAGAUGGAGGAAUGUUCUUGGAGAGCAACUCUUUGAAGAGAAAAAUACCCAAAGCAGCCCCAAAACUGCCUUCACAGCUGAGGUCCUGGCACAGUCCUUCUCUGGAGAGGUCCAGAAGCUCUCCAGCCUGGUCCUGCCAUCUGAAGUUAUUAUAGCCCAGAGCUCCAUCCCUGGUGAAGGGCUGGGAAUCUUCUCCAAGACAUGGAUCAAAGCUGGUACUGAGAUGGGACCAUUCACAGGGAGGGCCAUCUCACCAGAACAUGUGGACCUCUGCAAAAACAACAACCUUAUGUGGGAGGUAUUUAAUGAAGAUGGCACCGUGCGUUAUUUCAUUGAUGCCAGCCAGGAGGACCACCGCAGCUGGAUGACCUACAUCAAGUGUGCCAGGAACGAGCAGGAGCAGAACCUUGAGGUGGUCCAAAUCGGGAACAGCAUCUUCUACAAAGCCAUUGAGACCAUUCCUCCGGAUCAGGAGCUGCUGGUUUGGUACAGUAAUUCUCAUAACAGUUUCCUCGGCAUCCCGGGAGUUCCAGGAAUAGAAGAGGAGCAAAAGAAGAGCAAACACGAUGAUUUUGGAGGAUCGGACUCCUCUGGACAAGUGGUUACCGGUCGCAUGCGCUGCGUGAUCUGCCACCGAGGAUUCAAUUCCCGUAGUAAUCUACGCUCUCACAUGCGCAUCCACACCCUGGACAAACCCUUCGUUUGCCGAUUCUGCAACCGCCGAUUCAGCCAGUCUUCUACUUUGCGUAACCACGUGCGCCUGCACACCGGGGAGCGCCCAUACAAGUGCCAGGUGUGCCAGAGCGCCUAUUCUCAGCUUGCCGGUCUCCGCGCCCAUCAGAAGAGCGCCCGCCAUCGUCCACCAGCCGGUUCACUGCAGCCCCACUCUCCGAGCCUGCCGGUCCCACACCCGGCCUCGCUGGCUCAUCAUAUUCCCACCAUGGUGCUUUGAAGAUGGUCCGUUUCUCACCAUAUGUCGGAGCACAAAGCCAAGCUCGUUUAUGGACUCUAGACCUGGGGGUCGGACUGUGAUGGGUUAACCUGUCCUACCAACAGACCGGACAUUCUGCAGUCCAUUUGGCUCAGGUGCAAGAAGGACACUAAUUUGCCACCAGUCGGUGGCAUUUAUAUGGCGCAUCGAGGCGGUUUUCCUAGACGCUGCCACCGUGUGGUCGCACUGCAGAAGUUCACCCCGGUGUCUCCACCAAAAACAGCCUCCCGGUGAAUAAACAUAAGGAUAACCACCUAUGCUGAAAACACAAUGGGUCCUAAAAACCCCAAAUCACCCUUUAUUUAACCCCUCGAGGACAGCGGCUCACCCAUUAAUGACAAUGCAUUGUGAGCGGGCUUUGUCGUGAAGGGGUUAAAAUGCGUUAACCGAGAGGGGUCAGAUAGCGCUUAAUUAACCGUAGACAGCCCAAAACGAUGAUGUCCUCAUAACCUCUGAAGCUGCUGUGAACUACAAUUCCCACGAUCCACUACUUUUAUCACGGGGUCAUUUGUAGGCACUAGGUUGCCUUCACCUCACUGGCACUCUACGGGUUAAUAAGUCCUAAUGGCCAAAAUCGAUUAAAAACAAAAAAAAAAACGUU